AUGCAGUUUACCAAGUCUCUUCUGCUGCUGGCAGCUUUCACUGGUGGUGCCCUUGCCCGUGCUGAAGGUCAUGCCCGUCGCCAGGCCACUACCCCUGCCAGCACCCCCAGCUCGGCCUCUGGCUCUUCCUCGGGUGGCGCCUGGACCGCUACUCCCAGUGGUCCCGGCUCUACCGCUGGCUUUGGCGGCAGCACCAGCGGUGGUGGCAGCGGCGCCACCUACCAGGGCAACAUCGGCAACCCCUACGGCAGCAAUAUCAUCGAGGUCUCCGAGUCCGAUGCCAGCUCCUACGAGUACGUGAUCCAGUUCAAGGGUCAGAACACCGAGGACUGGACCGUCGUGGUCUGGAACAAGUACAGCUCCGACGGCACCAUGGACGGAUUCUUCGGCAAGGCCACCACUACUUUCACUCUUUCUCCCGGCGCCACCAAGUACCUCGCCAUCGACGGCGACUCCCAGGGUGGUUGGGCUGCUGCUCCUGGUUCUACCGUUCCCACUGGCAGCUCUGGAAUCUACGCCGCCACCUGGGGAGAGUUCGACUUUGGCUCGACCUCCAACAACGGCUGGUCUGGUUUCGACGUCUCCGCCAUCCAGGCCCAGAACAAUGGCCUCGAGGUUCAGGGUAUGCAGAUCUGUGAUGCCCUUGGCACCACCUGCUCUUCCAUCUCCCCCCAACGCGGCGCCCAGACUGACGUUGGCGGCAUUGGUGGCAACCUGGCCUCUGGCCCCGUCCGUCUGGUUGUCACUAUUGCCUACAGCGGUUAA